GUUUUUCAAAUAACAAAUUUGAAGAAGGUGAUAGCUCUGGUUUCUGGAAAGAGUCCAAUAAUGACUGUGAAGAUAAUCAGACAUGGAGCAGAGGGUUUUCCAAGAGAGGUGGCCAUCAAGAUGGAAAUGAUUCAGAAGCUUCAGGGCUAUCCAGAAGAGGUGGAAGAGGUAGUUUCCGAGGUUGCCGUGGAGGAUUUGGUUUAGGAAGAUCAAAUAACGAAUAUGACCAAGAUGAGGGGGUGCAGCGUACUAGUGGUCUUUUUGGUUCUAGAAGACCAGCAGUAAGUGGUGCAGGUCAUGGUGACAGUUACCAAUGCAGAAGUGGCAGUGGAAGUGGGAGAGGUGGUUAUAAAGGUUUAAAUGAAGAAGUAAUAACAGGCUCUGGAAAAAAUUCUUGGAAGUCAGAAGCUGAAGGAGGAGAAAGUGGUGACAUUCAAGGGCCCAAAGUGACCUAUAUACCCCCUCCUCCACCAGAAGAUGAGGACUCCAUCUUUGCACAUUAUCAGACAGGCAUAAACUUUGACAAAUAUGACACUAUUCUUGUAGAAGUAUCUGGACAUGAUGCACCACCAGCAAUUCUGACUUUUGAAGAAGCUAAUCUCUGUCAGACACUGAAUAAUAACAUUGCAAAAGCUGGUUAUACCAAGCUUACCCCUGUGCAAAAAUAUAGUAUUCCUAAUUUAGCAGGACGAGAUUUGAUGGCUUGUGCUCAGACAGGGUCUGGGAAGACUGCGGCUUUUCUCCUGCCAAUUUUGGCUCAUCUGAUGCGUGAUGGAAUAACAGCAAGUCGCUUUAAGGAGCUACAGGAACCAGAGUGUAUUAUUGUAGCACCAACUAGAGAAUUGAUCAACCAGAUUUACUUGGAAGCCAGAAAGUUUUCUUUUGGGACUUGUGUAAGAGCUGUUGUCAUAUAUGGAGGAACCCAGUUGGGACAUUCAAUUCGACAAAUAGUACAAGGUUGUAAUGUAUUAUGUGCCACCCCCGGGAGACUGAUGGAUAUCAUAGGUAAAGAAAAGAUUGGUCUCAAACAAGUCAAGUAUUUAGUCUUGGAUGAAGCUGAUCGCAUGUUGGAUAUGGGUUUUGGACCAGAAAUGAAGAAGUUAAUUUCUUGCCCAGGAAUGCCAUCAAAAGAACAGCGUCAAACCCUUUUAUUCAGUGCAACUUUUCCAGAAGAAAUUCAGAGGUUGGCUGGGGAGUUUUUAAAGACGAAUUAUUUGUUUGUUGCUGUUGGACAAGUGGGUGGAGCAUGUAGAGAUGUUCAGCAGACUGUUCUCCAAGUUGGCCAGUACUCAAAAAGAGAAAAACUUGUUGAAAUUCUACAAAGCAUAGGUGAUGAAAGGACUAUGGUGUUUGUUGAAACUAAGAAAAAAGCAGAUUUUAUUGCAACUUUUCUUUGUCAAGAAAAAAUAUCAACUACAAGUAUUCAUGGUGAUCGGGAACAGAGAGAGAGAGAGCAAGCUCUUGGAGAUUUUCGCUGUGGAAAAUGCCCAGUUCUUGUUGCUACUUCAGUAGCUGCCAGAGGGCUGGAUAUUGAAAAUGUUCAGCAUGUUAUUAAUUUUGAUCUUCCUUCUACCAUUGAUGAAUAUGUUCAUCGAAUUGGACGUACUGGGCGUUGUGGGAAUACUGGUAGAGCUAUUUCUUUUUUUGAUCCUGAAUCAGAUAAUCAUUUAGCACAGCCUCUAGUGAAAGUACUGACAGAUGCUCAGCAGGAUGUUCCUGCAUGGUUGGAGGAAAUUGCCUUCAGUACAUAUGUUCCUGGCUUCAGUGGUAGUACAAGAGGGAAUGUGUUUGCAUCAGUUGAUACUAGAAAGAAUUUCCAGGGCAAGAGCACUUUGAAUACAGCAAGUUUUUCUUCUUCACAAACUCCCAAUCCAGUAGAUGAUGAAUCGUGGGAUUAA